AUGAUUCCAAACACGGGAGCUCUUCUGGGAAAGACUGUAUUCGUUUCAGGAGGGAGUCGCGGAAUCGGCAAGGCUAUUGCCCUCAAACUGGCCAAGGACAAGGCCAAUGUGAUCAUCGCAGCAAAGACCGCAGAGAAGCAUCCCAAAUUGGAGGGCACCAUCUUUACGGCUGCAGAAGAGAUUGAGAAAGCGGGUGGAAAGUGUUUGCCGGUGCAGUGUGACCUGCGUGUCGAGGACUCGGUGAAGAAUGCUUUUGAACAGGCGGUAAAGAAGUUUGGCGGAAUCGACAUUUUAAUCAACAAUGCGUCGGCUAUCAGCAUCACAAACGUGGAGAACACAGAAAUGAAGCGUUUUGAUCUGAUGCAUCAGGUGAACACACGAGGCACCUUUAUGGCAUCGAAGUACGCCCUGCCACAUCUCAGUAAAUCCUCCCACGCGCACAUCCUCAACCUCAGCCCACCGCUGUUGAUGGUGCCGAAGUGGUUCAAUCAGCAUGUUGCGUACACCAUGGCUAAGUACGGCAUGUCAAUGUGCGUACUGGGCAUGGCCGAGGAGUUCAAGGACCGCUCCAUUGCGGUGAACGCACUCUGGCCACGAACGCUUAUCCUCACAGCGGCGAUGGCCUCCUUUGGUGGCGUCGAAGAGACGGCGAAGUUUUGCCGGAAGGUGGACAUCAUGGCUGACGCUGCGUACGCCAUUCUCAGCAAAAACAACCCAUCAGUGACGGGCAACUUUUUCAUCGAUGAGCUGGUGCUGCGAAAGGAGGGCGUCACCAACUUUGAGUCGUACAACUGCGUUCCUGGUGUGCAGCUGAUGGCCGAUGGCUUCAUUCCUGAUGAGCUCGCCGAAGGGCUCCUUCAAGGAUCGCUGUAA